GUCACCUUGAACUGAUAAUUGAGAGAAUCCCUGUGGUGCCGCGCCGACCAAACCGGGUUGAAAUCGAUUUUGCAGAAUAUGCAAGCAUCAGGUCCAUCUUCCCCAUCCCCGGCACCAGGUGUGCUCAACCCAGUAGAGUCCUUCAAUGAAGCAAUUCGGAGUUUGAGUACUCUCCCCCCUGGAGAAGCUGCAGUUCGUCUUCGUAUGGCCGGGCAGGAUCUGAGGAAACAGCUAUUCGCUAUGCAAAGAGAAGAAAUUCAAAAGCGAAGGACAAUGAUGGCUACUGUCUUAGAUAUACCGAAGAAAAUUGCAAAAGGUGAAGUAUCUAGUGUGCUCAAUCUUCCUAUCAUGUUCAGACAUCCAAUCCAUGGGGAUGCGAGAAUCCUAGAUAUGCUUGUUAACAGUUAUGCGGGUAAUCCUGAGGUAGAAGUGAAGGUUGUGGGUGAUGCAAGAUCCACUCAAAUUGAGGAAUUUGGCUCCCAGCGGGAACUCCAAACUGCUGUUUCAGAAGAUAAGAAGUUCUUUUGCUCCCAGGCAUCAGAUCAUGGAAUUGGAAUGGCCCGGAAUUUCCCUGCAAUAUCAUCAGAAUUUUGUGUUACAGAGGAAGCUCGGCAAGGUGAUGGUGCCAGCAUGUCUGAAGCACUUGCUCAGCCUCAUUAUGUAGAGGAAGAUCAGGAACAGUCUGCAAAAGAUAUAUCUGGGUCGGCUUCUGCCACAACCACGUCGCAUUUACAAACACCAAAUGCAAUGUCAAAAAAACAGGAAUGGAAGAAUAUGCAAGCAUCAGGGCCCUCUUCCUCAUCACCGGGUGUCGUCCAAUGAAGCAGGUGGGAGUUCAAGUCUCCUCUGUGGAGAAGCUGCAGUUCCUCAAAUUAUGGCCAUGCAGGAUAUGAUGAAUCAGCUAAUGAAUACGCUAAGAGAAUUGCAAAAGCAGAUGACAAUGUUGGUCACUGUCCCAAUUACAGAGGAAGGCGAAAGAUUAGGAGAAGAAGCUGAGCAUAAAAAGAAGAAAAUUGCACAAGAUGAAGUAUCCAUUGUGCUCAAUCCUCGUAUCAUAGUCAAACAUCUUCCCCAUCCAAUAACUCCCUUUGAGAUUUUAAUGGCUGCUUCUCCCUCUGAAAGUACAAGUACUGUUGACAGCAACAGUGCUUCAUUAUAUGGGCAGCUAAUGGAACUGGUUGGUGGUAAACCUGAACUGCUUGAGGGGGAUGCGGGAAUCCAAGAUGUGCUUGUUAACAGUGGGGUGGGUAAUCCUGAGUUAGAAGUCAAAGUUGUGGGGAAGCAGGAUCUACCCAAAUUGAUGAAUUUGGCUCCCAACGGGAACUCCAAAAUGCUGGUUUAAAAGUUCUACGUUGUUUAUAACAAUUAUCCAAGUACUAAUUUAUUUGAUGACAGUUAAGAAUUUCUAGACCUUCAUGAUCGUUUACUUAUUGCUUGUAAUGACUGGAUGUACUGAUUAGGCAUCUCGGGUGUAUUGUAGUAUUGUAUUGUAUUUUUGUAUUCAGAUUUAUGGAUUUAAUAAGAUAUGUUUUAUUAAUUUAGA